AUAACCAUCGGUUUUUAUAGUGCUAGAGAAGAACAAUAUUUCUCAUAAUACUUAAAACAUUUCCUUUUGGCACUUCCAUAGGUAAACAAAUGGACAGUGUCUAUGAAAAAAGAAAAAUAGAAGAAUACGAAGAAGAAAAGAAGAGCCUCCACAGUGAUGAUGUCAAAAAAUACACAGACAUCAUCUCAACACUUCCCAAAAGAAACUGUUGGGAAACAACUAUUUAUCAGUACAAAGGUUUCUGGUACCCUCAUGGUUAUGUUCUUGGCAUGUUGUUAUCUCAACACAAUUUCAAGCCUCAACCUAAUGACAUCAUCUUAUGUUCUUUUCCUAAAUCAGGCACAACUUGGCUUAAAGCUCUAGCUUCCGCCAUUGUCACUCGCUCCGAUCUAAGCACGUUUCCACACGACUGUGUUCCGUUCAUCGAAGUUGACGAAAUCUCGAGUCCAAGAAUUCCGCUUGUUGCUAGCCACAGUAGUUAUUCUUCUUUACCACCAUCAAUUGCCGGUUCAGGCUGUAAAAUUGUUUACAUUUGUAGGGAUCCAAAGGAUGUGUUUGUAUCCUUUUGGUAUUUCCUUAAAAAAUUUACUUAUGUUAAUCCUGAGAAUUAUCCUUCUCUAGAACAAGGGUUUGAGUUAUUCUGUCAAGGAGUUAUUUCUGCCGGGCCGUUUUGGGAACAUGUUUUAGAGUAUUGGAAAGCGAGUUUAGAAUUUCCGGACCGAGUGUUGUUUUUGGUGUACGAAGAUAUGAAGAAAGAUACGGUUUCUGUUGUUAAAAAGCUGGCUGAGUUCAUGAGAUACCCUUUUAGCAUGGAGGAAGAGAGACAAGGUUUAGUGCAAAAAAUUGUAAAAUCUUGUAGUUUUGAAGCUUUGAGUAAUUUGGAUGUGACUAAAAAUGGUGAGCAAUGGUCAAAUUCUGAGUUUGCUAUCCCUAAAAGUUCUUUCUUUAGGAAAGCUGAAGUUGGGGAUUGGAAGAAUCAUCUUACACCAGAGAUGGCAGACCGUUUGGAUCAGAUUACUCAGGAAAAACUAAGUGCCUCAGGUUUCAAUUUUUUCGCACAUAAAUAAUCUCUUGGUUGGUGAAAUCAUUUCACUUUUAAGGUUGUGUGUAGUUCGAUUUCCACGUUGAAUUUGUUUAUUUUCUAAUGUUGUAUUUGGUUAGAGUCUAGGAUGAAAUUCAAUAUACUUUAAGCUUGUAUUUGUUUCGAACUUAGAAUUUAUUUUAAACGUUAAUUGCAAAUUUAUACACGAAUUUUACCCUAAUUUGCAAUUAUAAUAUAAACUUUGAAACUUGACAAUGUUAGUAACUAACUUUAUACUUUUGGCAAAUCGAUACACCAAACACGAAAAAAACUAACGUGGACAUUGUAAUGUACCGCCAUGUGUCGUUGCAUGAUUGGUCGGUGUAUCAAUUUGCCAAAAAAAUGAAAGUUGUUUACUGACAUUGCCAAAUUUCAAAAUUUAUGUUGUAAUUACAAAUUAGGAUAAAAUUCGUGUAUGCAUUUGCAAUUAACUCUUAUUUUAAGGUUGUAAGU